AUGAAACGACUCCAAAAAGAGUUUUAUCAGAUUCUUUCUUUGAACCGUGCUUAUUUGGAUCCUGAGUCGGUCUUGGCUCGAUCGUCACAUGCUUUAACUCCAUCGAGCACAUCCAACUACGAAAACGGUGAUAAUGGACCCAAAGAUGAUAUUAAAAUUGCUGGCGAUUCCAUCUUAGAAGUUGAAGAUGUUUCGAAUAUGGCCAUGGUAGAUUUAAGAUCAAUUGCUGAGUGUAUGGUUUCCUCUGGAUAUGGUAAAGAAUGCGUGAAGAUAUACAAAAUUAUAAGGAAAUCGAUAGUUGAUGAAGGCAUAUAUAGAGUCGGAGUUGAGAAAUUGAGCUCUUCACACCUACGUAAGAUGGAUUGGGAAGUUUUGGAGCAGAGAAUCAAGAAUUGGUUGAAUGUUGUGAGGAUUGCAAUUAAAACUCUCUUCAAUGAAAAUGUGGCGAGAAACAGCAAGAAAUCACCAGAAAGAAUAUUUCGGACUCUCGACAUGUACACAACAAUUGCCAAUCACUGGCCGGAGAUCGAGUCCAUCUUCUCCUUCGAAUCAUCCUCCGACAUCUGA